CUACUUGAUCUGUGGUUAAAAUAUUAAAAUGUAGGGUCUGCUUGUGCUCAAAACUUGAGGUUAUAAUUUUUAAUGGUUUAUUCAUAAUUGAUUAAAUAUAUACCAAAUCCAAAUAACGGUAAAUAAUAAAUAUUAGUAUCAACGGAUUGUUGCAGUUUUGGGAUACCCGAUAUAGACAAACAAUGGGAGUUCGAGGAUUAACUACGUAUUUAAAUUAUAAUUCUAAUAUUUUUAUGAAGGAUUAUGAUCUACACAAUACUAACUUAGUAAUAGAUGGAAAUAGCCUUUGUGCUCAAUUGUACAGAUCACUCAACUGCUUUUCCGCUUUUGGUGGUGACUACGAUAAAUUUGCUGCUUACGUUAAGACAUUUUUUAAGAAUCUAAAGAAAUGUAAGGUUACUCCAUAUGUAAUAUUUGAUGGUAGCUAUGAGAAAAGAAAGCUUAGAACGGCAUACAGUAGACUUCGUUCUAAGAUCUAUGGUGCUUCCCGCCUCGAUCCUGUCACACAAGGAUCUCUUCAAAUAUUUCCUCUGCUAUUAAGGGAUGUUUUCAAGGAAGUAUUAAAAGAGUUGACUGUGAUGUAUACAAUAUGUGAAUUUGAGGCAGACGAUGAAAUUGCUGCCUUAGCUAGGUACUUAAGCUGCCCUGUACUAAGUUAUGAUUCUGAUUUCUUUAUAUAUAAUGUUGUCUACAUCCCAUUUAACACUCUAGAGAUAAAACCAAAGCAAAUUCUUCAUGAUGAUAAAAAAGUCUUUGCAAUGAAGUGUAGAAUAUAUAAAGUUGAAUUUUUAACUAAACAUUUUGGGGGUAUUGAAAAGGAACUUUUGCCAUUAUUAGCAACAUUAUUAGGAAAUGACUUUGUUGAAAAAAAAGUAUUUUGGAAAUUCUUUUCUCAGUUAAAAACUCCUAAAGGUAAAAAAUCUAAAAAUGAACAACAGCGCUGCAUACAUGGGUUGUUUCUAUGGCUUCAAAAUGAGACAUUGGAGUCUGCUAUAACAAAAAUAAUUGGUAGGCUAAAAAAAAAACAAAAAAACAAAGUCUUUGCUAUUAUUAUGAAAAGUAUUAAUGGCUAUAAUAAAAAAGAAUGUAAAUCACUAAAAUAUUUCAAUUUGUCAAAUGACAGUAUUGAUGAUAUCAUUGACAUAAAAAUGCCUGAAGAAAUUAAUGAUGAUGAUAUUGACAACCAAUCAGAUGAGAAUAGAAGUUUGUCAAGUAAUGAUGAAUCUGAUAAAGAGUCAAAUAGUUGUCUUGACAUUGAAGAAAGCCUACCAGAAUGGUUUGCUGAAGGCAUUCGACAUAAAACAAUACCACAUUCAUUUACCAAUUUAUAUACUCAUCAUUUGCAUUUCUGUUCUCCUCAAGCUGAGGAUUAUUUGCAAGAUGAUGCCCAUUACUGUAUUCUACCAAUACUGAGAUAUGCAUUUGAUAUGCUAACAGACUUUGAACAAGAACAUUUUGUGUAUGUUAGCAGAGAGAAAGAUUGUAAUUACAGAAGGAUAUUUGUUGGAAAAGAGUUUACAGUUUCUAAACCAAUCAUCUUACCAAUUUCACAAUUAAAUGGAUCCCAGCUACAUGCAUAUUUCUAUCAUUUUUUCAAAGAAAAACUACCUCAAUUGAACUUUGAAGUUUUGAACCUACUUCCCUCAAACUUUCAACUUUUUGCACUGGCACUUUUGUGGUGGGUUUCUAACUGUGAUGUUUCAGUAGGCCAACUACAAAGCUUAAUUAUAUGUUACACAUAUUUAGAUGCAAUUGAUGAAAAAGUUGGCAGUACUAGAAGUUACUUCCACUUUAAUAAUAAGUUCUCUAAUAAAAUAUUGGAACUUAAAGGGAGAUCUGUAACAGAAGUAUCAGAUGACCUACAAAUGAAUAAAAAUAAAGUUCAAUAUGAUGAUUGUAUAGUUUCAGCGGCCAUGCUAUUAAAAAACUUUGAAAUAGAUGAAACUAUAAAAAAAAAGCCUAAAAGUUAUAAUUCAAGGAGAAUACAUACCUUUGCUCAGUUCCAGUGUUGCCUUUAUGCCAUAAACUCCUUAAACACUCUGUGUGGUAGCCCAUUUGAAAGUACAAUAUAUUCAAAAAGUUAUAAUGGUACAUUUAUUUACAAUAUGGCACUGAAACUUGAAAAGGAAAGUGAUCCAGUGUUAUAUUUGCAGAAAUAUUUAUUUGGUGCAACCAGUGUACUUUGUUUCUACAAAAGUUUAAACACGGUAAUAUCUACAUUAAUAAAUGAAUUAAAUUUGAAAUUUAAGGAUUGUACCAUGGGGAAGAAAAAAAAUAGAAGACGAAAAACAGAUGAAGAAAUAACACUUUUAAUUAAAGAAUUUGAGUCCGAAGUUAUAAUAUAGUUAAUUUCAUAUUUUAUUUUGUAUUAAAUCCUCAACAUUGCUAGCAAUAUUACCAAAUAACAUACAUCCUAAUAUUUCUACUAUAGAAAUUCCAGGAACAUAUUUGGGGUUUAAACUAGAUUUAUUUCAUUCUUUGCAAUUUGACAACUUUAUUCUUUAUUUAAUUUAAAUUUAUAAUAAAAUUUAGUUUCGAACACGUUAUCUUCGCAACAAUAAUACUUUAAUUAAAAAAGCCUUAAACUAGUCUUUUUAUUGUUUAAUUUAAUUUAAAUUUGUUCUCGGCCUUUGGCAGGGUUGUACGUUACCGGGCGAGUGCUUAAACUGUACAUGGAGGGCACAGUCGAAUUUCUAUAGUAUGCAGUGGGCAUCGAACUAUAGAAAGGAGACUGUGUAGGUUUAGAAUGUAGCAAUACGUUCUAG